GCCCCCUGUCGGUGGAUGCUGGGCGCGCAGCAAGCAGACGUAUCCCCGACUAGAAAAAAGCGCUGUUACAUUUGUAGUUUUGAAUAAUUAAAAAAGUCUUAACAGCAGCUCAACUUAUUUUUAGCUGAUAAAAACCCUUUGCGCUCUGCGGCGGAGUUAGAAAUGAAUAUUCUUCCAGGGUUAUGUCAGUUUUCUUCUUAUAAGAAGUGAUUCCGGUUCAGUGGGAAGGUUUGAACGUUCUCUGGAAAGUGACCAUUGUUGUAAUCAGGUCGAGGCUGUUUUCAUUUCCACUUGCUGCCUCUCUAGGUUUUCCACGGGUCCGCAGCUGGAAACGGGGCAGGCUUUGUAGUGUGUCAUGAAAGAGGUGUCGAGCACCAUGCCUGGUGGGCAGCAGCAGCAGCCUCAGAAACACUAUGGCAUCACCUCUGCCAUUAGCCUUGCACCUCCACGUGAUAUCGACCACCAGUACACCAAGAAACUCUGCGAUGCCAUGAAACCUUUUGGGGUAUUUGAAGAUGAAGAGGAAUUGAACCAUAGACUUGCAGUUCUUGGGAAGUUGAAUAACUUUGUCAAAGAAUGGAUCUCAGAGAUCAGUGAAUUAAAGAAUCUUCCACCAUCAGCCAUUAGCUGUGUUGGAGGCAAGAUAUUUACAUUCGGUUCGUACCGUCUUGGAGUACAUACAAAAGGAGCUGAUAUUGAUGCCUUGUGUGUGGCUCCACGUCAUGUAGAGAGAACUGACUUUUUCCAGUCUUUUUUUGAGAAAUUUAAACAGCAUGAAGAAAUCAAAGACUUGAGGGCUGUCGAGGAUGCUUUUGUACCAGUGAUAAAGUUCAAAUUUGAUGGAAUAGAGAUUGACCUGCUCUUUGCCAGACUGGCCUUGCAGUCCAUUCCAGACAACCUGGACCUAAGGGGAGACUCCAUCCUGAGAAACUUGGACAUUAGGUGUAUUCGCAGCCUUAAUGGCUGUAGAGUGACAGAUGAAAUUUUGUACCUGGUGCCAAACAAAGAAAACUUCAGGCUGACAUUGAGAGCCAUCAAACUGUGGGCGAAACGUCGUGGGAUCUACUCCAACAUGUUGGGGUUUCUGGGUGGAGUGUCGUGGGCCAUGCUGGUUGCCAGGACCUGUCAGCUCUACCCUAACGCUGUAGCCGCCACGCUCGUGCACAAGUUCUUCUUGGUUUUCUCAAAAUGGGAGUGGCCAAAUCCUGUUCUACUGAAACAGCCUGAGGACAGUAACCUGAAUUUACCUGUGUGGGAUCCCAGAGUGAACCCGUCUGACAGAUACCACUUGAUGCCCAUCAUCACGCCUGCCUAUCCCCAGCAGAACUCCACGUACAAUGUGUCCACGUCAACACGCACCAUCAUGAGCGAGGAGUUCAAAUACGGCCUAAGCAUCACAGAUGAGAUUCUUCAGGGAAAAGCAGAAUGGCCUAAACUCUUCGAGCCCCCCAACUUUUUCCAGAAAUACAAGCAUUAUAUAGUUCUGACUGCCAGUGCAUCCACAGAAGAAAACCACUUAGAAUGGAUCGGUCUGGUUGAGUCAAAGAUCCGUGUUCUGGUUGGAAACCUGGAGAGGAACGAGUACAUCACCUUGGCUCACGUCAACCCACAGUCCUUCCCCGGGUCCAAAGAGAACCGCAACGAGAACGACUUUGUAUCCAUGUGGUUCAUCGGGAUUAUUUUCAAGAAAGUGGAGAAUGCAGAGAGUGUGAACAUUGACCUGACGUACGACAUCCAGUCCUUCACAGACACUGUGUACAGACAAGCCAACAACAUCAACAUGCUGAAGGACGGGAUGAAGAUUGAAGCCACACAUGUAAAGAAGAAACAGCUCCAUCAGUAUCUUCCUCCUGAAGUGGUGCAGAAGAAGAAGAGGAGCAUGGCAGAGUUGAACCGCAGCUCUAACGGUGGGAGCUCGAAGCGCAUCUCUCUGGACAGCAGUCAUCUGGACAGCUCCAGAGACACAGACUCAGGGACUCCCUUCAGCUCCCCACCCGAAAAACUCUCCAAACCUGCAUCCGACACUGAUGACAGUGUCAGCCCUCCCAAGCAGCUUUUUGAGGAAGGCUCUCCAGCACCCAGUGCCGCAGCAGCUGCUGAUGACCAGGGCAUGUCUAUCCCUGUCAUUGGCUCAAAGCCUGCGGGUAAAGCGAAGCCUGCCUCCCCACCAGCCAGCAGCAGUGAGGACCCCAACGACGCCAGCAGCCCCAAAGAGGAGCCCAAUGGGCUGGACGACUCCAUCAUUGAAGCUCCUGCCAAUAGACCACCAUCGCCUACACAAGAGGACCUGGCCAAGAGGCCAAAAGACACCGAGGUGGUGCCUGUUGAUGACUCUAUAUUUAAGGAGCCAUAUCCACCAUCCUCUGACUCCAAUGUACAUGGAGAUGGAGCCGAUACUACUCCACUGGCUGGAUCUAAGGCUAAGGCCAUUCCAACCAUUGAUACCUCAAGAACACAGAGACUUCCCAGCAUGGAGCUGCCAGACGCCUCCUCGCCCCUCCCAGCCAGCAACAGUUGUCGUGUCGUGAAGAAUUCAAUUAAAUUGGCCCUCAACCGCCACAACAUCACACCUCCUAAGCCCCCAAUGUUUGAGGGCACCCUCACCCCUGACGCUGCUCCUGCCACGGAAGAGAAAGGCAUGUCCAUUCCUGUCAUUGGCUCGAAAAAUGUGACCUCAAAACACGUGGUGCCCCCUGUAGGCAGCUCCAUCCCUACAUUAGUGAGCAGAGGAGCAGACCCACUAAACGGUGCAGCCUCCAAGAGACCCCACUCCCCCUCCCUGGAGGAGCAGGCCAAGAGGCUGAAAGAAACCGAGAAGGCCAGAAUCCACAUCGCUUGAACUGAACACCAACAGACUGGAUUUACACACACACACAGGUGGGGCUUUACAGUUCAGGCAAACACCAAGGAGACGACUUCACACGGGGACAGGGAGUGCGUUCCGACGGGUCAGUCUCAAGAGUGAAGCAGCAGGACGGACACCUCACGCCACACCUUCAGAGAUUACAGAUUUGCUUGUGGAUAGGUGAUUUGGUCAAUGUUGUCUGCGCCCUCUGUCACACUCACCACCAGAGGGCAUCUUACACAACUUUAUGGAGUAAUUUUACAUGAGAUCUAAAGCAACAGUUUUUUUUUACUUGUCUUCUCCCUCAGUGGUUAAAAAUGAGCUGCUCUUCUGUUCAUUUCUCCUUUUCUCUCAGUUAACAUAUUUUAAAAACGACCACAAACAGUUAUCAACCCUUGCUACACACAUUGGUGUACGCUGAUUUUCCUUUUUCUCUCGCUCUUCUCUCCCCAACAGAAACCUGUACAGUAAAUGUUGAUGUACAUAACUUUUUUUGUCUUAAAAAAAAAGAAGCAAAAGAUCACUUAAGUCUUUUGACCAUUCUAUUGUAGUUUUAUCUAAAAAGGAAAAAAAAAAGUUAAAAAAAUUGUAAUUUCUUGUUUUUCUCUACUGCUUGUCCCAAAAAAAUGUCUCUCCAGCCCUGGAUAUUUUUUUGUAAACAUUGUAUAGGUUUGGAUACAGUCGUGGGGGAGGAUUAAUUGAGUGUUUUACCUAAAACAGAAAUCACAACUGUGCCUCUUUGGGCUACCAUGACAACCCAGAGAGGGCCUGCGGUUAGUGUUGACUUGCUGUGUGUAGGUGAUCAUAGAUGCCCAGUGACGUCGAUGCUACUCAGGUGCUAGAGCAAGAAAAUCGUUCUCACAACAACGGGAAAUGUUGUGCAUUUUCUGGAAGUGAAGCUUUUCUGUCAUUCGAGGGAUUAGCGCCAAGCAUUGGAAGAACCAUAUCAGAACGCUUCGCUGAUCCUUCUGCUCAGUAGCUCUAGUGGCACUGUCAUACCUGCUGUUGGUCUGGGGUUAGAAGUAAAGUUUGAUGGGUUUUCUUCUUCUUGGUGUGUUAAAAACCCGAUGUCAGAUAUGUGCCUCACGCAAAGUGAGUGAAAACGUUAACGAGUGUUAGUUUUGUGUUUGUAUCUGUGAUUGACAUAAUGUCGCCCAGAAUGAUCCUCUGGACCAUAAGGAAGGCUAACUAACACAUCCCCCCCCCCCCCCUUGCCUCCCCCUAUCACCCCACAAUCUUACCCACCUCCGCCGCUUCACCAGGGUCUGUUUGCUAGCGGCACCUCGUACAGAUGCAGCAAAGUCCUGGUCAUUUUCCGUGUUCCGCGUCCAUGAAAGAGUUGUGUGGUGCUUUGUAGGGGAAAAAUGGUUCAAAGCUUUUUUGAUGAGUUGUGCCGGUGUGUGCAUGCAUAGGCGGUUUACGUGUUGGAGAGAGACGGAAUUCCCUUCGUUUUUUGGGUGUUAACUCUCUGCGCCUCCUGUGGAGGUUCUUAAAAGGCAUCUCCUGGGGCCACGGCUUGGGGCGAGUGGCAGGGGGUCAGGAGACAACGUCUUCCUGCCAUUGGCCCCCGACCCUCCAUCUUUACGGUCUGAAGCUGGGUUUCUUUGUGUUGGUCGUCAGCACAGAGGUUAUAUGUAUACAACAAAGUGUAAAGUGAUGCUAAAGAAGCGCCCUCGUCAUCGGAGCAGGUAGAGAGUUGGGACACAGGCUCUUUUUUUCCAGCAUCAGUUUCUCGAACUAAAUGUACAGAGAUCAGAUUUUUUUCUUUUUUCCGUUUUUUCAUUUUUUUUUUCUUUUUCAAAAGACAUAUUCUUCAUUACUGGGGGUUUUCUUAUCACUUUAUUUAUAUUUGCAUAUUUGUACCAUGUGAUCUUUUUUUUAAUAGCAUUCAUAGCAGGUAGGUCUUUUUCGAUUGAAAUCUACACCACUCUUUCAGACAUGUUUCGCUCUUCAGAAACAUUUAACUAAACAGGUCAUUUAGAUGUUUGUUUCUAAAAUGUAUUUUUGUAUGUGUUUAUCACUUCCUUUAAAGAAUCCGUACAGCAAUUAAACCCCUAAAAAAACUA